AAAAUGGGCAUGAGGGGGGCGGUCCUGGGUUUUGAGUUUCCAUUUGGGUCUGGAGUCAGUCACCCUGGGAACCACAAAGUUGCUUUAAUUUUCAAGAAAUCGAUAGGAAAGCCCCCGCGCUCUAAAGCUCAGCUGACGGGAAGUGGGGUGUGCAGCUUUGGGUGUGAGAGCUGUCUGGAGCCCACAGUCAGGGGGCGGGCCUCGGCGCCGGGCGCGCUCCGACUCUCCAACGUAGGUAACGCGGAAGAGCCGGGGAAGGACUUGGUGGCGUCCCCGAGGGAGGAACGGAGAAAGGCGGGUCUGCGUGGUAGUUGGAGAGGGAGACUGUGCAGCAAGAGGAGCAGGGGAGCUGCGAUGGCCGGCGCCGGAGGUCGGCUCUGGAACAACUGCAGACCAAGCGGGACCAUGGGAACCCAGAAACCUCGGAUCCUGCCCUGGCUAGUGUCACAGCUGGACCAGGGGCAUCUGGAGGGCGUGGCCUGGGUGAACGAGAGCCGCACACGUUUCCGCAUCCCUUGGAAGCACGGCCUACGACACGACGCGCAGCAGGAAGACUUCGGCAUCUUCCAGGCCUGGGCCGAGGCCAGCGGUGCCUACACACCUGGGAAGGAUAAGCCUGACCUGCCAACGUGGAAGAGGAACUUCCGGUCUGCCCUGAACCGGAAGGAAGCUCUGCAUUUAGUUGAUGACCGAAGCAAGGACCCUCAUGACCCACAUAAGAUCUACGAGUUUGUGACCUCAGGAGGUGCAGACUUUUCCCAGCUGGACACCUCUCCAGACCCCAGUGGCAAGGGCAUAACCCCUGACACCCAAGAGGACACUCUGGAGGACUUACUGGGUGACAUGGUCUUGGCCCACGCAGAUGGGGGGCCCUCGGGCCUGGCUGUGGGCCCCGAGCAAUGCCCUCAGCUCUUGCUGAGCCCCAACCUCAACAGCCCUGCUCCCUGCCCAAACCUGGAACCCCUCGAAAACCCACUGCGGCGGCUGUUGGUGCCCGAGGACGACUGGGAGUUCGAGGUGACAGCCUUCUACCGGGGCCGCCAAGUCUUCCAGCAGACCGUCUUCUGCCCAGGGGGCCUGCGGCUGGUGGGGUCAGAAGAGGAGGACAGAACGCUGCCCGGGCAGCCAAUAACACUGCCAGACCCUGAGCUGUCCCUGGCAGACAGGGGAGUGACAGACUACGUGAAGCGUGUGCUGAGCUGCCUUGGGGGAGGACUGGCUCUAUGGCGGGCAGGGCAGGGGCUCUGGGCCCAGCGGCUGGGGCACUGUGGCACGUACUGGGCGCUGGGCGAGGAGCUGCUCCCUGAUAGCGGGCAUGGGCCUGUUGGCGAGGUCCCCAAGGACAAGGAAGGAGUCGUGUUCGACCUGGGGCCCUUUGUGGCAGAGGACGGGACUGCUCUGAGCCUGGGCGGCCCAAGGACCACGUCCUCUGACCUGUGGACCAGAUGAACCACACACCCACACGCCAGCAGACAGUGCUCGGGAUGAGCUGCUGCCGUCACUAUUUGUCAGCGGACAGGGACGACAAACCCGUGAGGCCUUCUACGCCCAACAGAACCCUGCGAGGGGCAGAUGGUGUGUGGGCGCUGUCCGUCCCGUCCCACUGAGCGCUGUGAGUGCUCAGAUAAGGCCAGCACAACUGAAGAAGGGGUUGGCUUGUUUUUUCAUUUUAUUUCAUUUGUUUGCAGCUUAAGGUGGCUGGCUAAUGGCCACAUAUGGGACUGAGCAGCUUUAGAGGAUUAAGGAGCAGUAAACACCACCCCCUUCUACUCCAGGAUCCCUGAGCAUCCUCGUGGGGAUGGACUUCCUCCUCUGGGCCUGGUUCCCAGCCUGAAUGCUGAGUCUCAGGGGUGGGAGGCCUAGACUGACCCUGAUGGGAGGGAGGAGGAACAGUUAAGUUCGUAGAACUGCUGAGGCUUUCCCCAAACUGGCAGCCUCCUGGUCUUGGUGGCAGAGGGCCUGAGGUCAGGGGAGUUGGUGGGGAGGUAGUUCAGAUUGGACAAGGAGGGGUUAGUACAG